AUGUCAUUAUCAGACGACGAAAGAAAUGGCGUGUUCGGAAUUGGAGAAGAACUCGUCCCAGUGCGUGAGCUAAAGCAAGCUGGCGUCAUGGAGCUGGACUUUGAUGGAUUGCUAAGCACACCCCUGAGAUUGGAAGAAGAUCUCAAGAAGGGCUGUGGAGGCAUGCUAUGGCCUGCUGGGAUGGUGAUGGGAAAGUACUUGAUGAGACAAGAUCGGAAUACGUUCAUGGACAAGUCGAUAGUCGAACUCGGCGCUGGAGGCGGUCUUGUUGGUCUUGCUGUUGCCCUAAAGUUCCAACCAGAUCAACCUCUACAAAUCACCGAUCAAAUACCCAUGUUCGCCUUGAUGGAACGAAAUAUCGCACUCAACGACUUGCAGGACCGAGUCAAGCCAUCAAUAUACGACUGGGGUGAGGCGGUUCCGGAAGGUAUACCUCAACAUCCAGACAUCAUUCUUGCGGCAGAAUGUGUCUACUUCGAACCCGCGUUUCCUCUUCUACAACAAACCAUGAAGGAUCUCAUUGGCCCGAACACAGUCUGCUACUUUUGUUUCAAGAAGAGGAGAAGAGCAGACAUGAACUUUGUCAAAGUCAUGAAGAAGAUGUUUGUGGUUGAGCCCAUCGAGGAUGAUCCUGAUAAACCGAAAUGGUCAAGGGAGAAUCUACAUUUGUGA